AACCUUUGGAUUUGUUUAAUAUGUGGCCACAUAGGAUGUGGGCGAUAUGUAAGUCGACAUGCUUAUAAGCACUUUGAGGAGACCCAGCACACGUAUGCCAUGCAGCUGACCAACCAUCGGGUCUGGGACUAUGCUGGAGUAUUCAUAUUUACUAACAAGCCAGCUGGAAUCGCAGCGAAUCUACUGGGAAAACAAGAUAGUCCGGAUAGAGAAGGACACAGCAGAGGAAAUUAACAACAUGAAGGCCAAAUUUAAAGAAACAAUUGAGAAAUGUGAUAAUCUGGAAGAGAGACUAAAUGAUCUCCUGAAAGAAAAGCAGUCUGUCGAAAGAAAGUGCACUCAGCUCAACACAAAAGUAGCCAAACUCACCACAGAGCUCAAAGAGGAGCAGGAGAUGAACAAGUGUUUGCGAGCCAAUCAGGUCCUCCUGCAGAACAAGCUGAAGGAGGAGGAGAGGGUUUUGAAGGAGACCUGUGACCAGAAGGAUCUGCAGAUCACUGAGAUCCAGGAACAGCUGCGUGACGUCAUGUUCUACCUUGAGGCGCAGCAGAAGAUCAACCACCUGCCUGCCGAGACCCGGCAGGAGAUCCAGGAGGGACAGAUCAACAUCGCCAUGGCCUCAGCCUCGAGCCCUGCCUCUUCUGGCGGCAGUGGGAAGCUGCCCUCCAGGAAGGGCCGCAGCAAGAGGGGCAAGUGACCUGCACAGAAACAGGUGUCCCCGAGACUCUCUUCCCUGGCACAGACAGGGUGUGCUGGGGCCUAAAUGUGAGGGUGGGCCCUAAAUAAGUACCAGUGAGGAUCAAGCUGCAGUUGUUUGGAUCUUUCAUUUGCUAGUGUUUGGUGUAAUGAACGCAGAGGGCUGACGACCAGGAGAACUGACGGAAAAGGGCAGUGUUUUAAAAGGUGGCUGCUUUUUCCAACCUUAGUUCACUAACCUCAGACGUUCUAAUGACCAUUUUGCCUUCCUACUUGAUAGGUGACCCAAAUUUGUUGUGCAUUUUUCUGUUGUAUUUAUUGAGUUGGUGUUUUUGACGUUCACUUCUGGGGUCAGUAGGUAACAUUACCUAUUUCUAAAGCAUCAGACCUCCCUGAGGUCAUUGCAGCUGCCUUAGAGAGAGGUUCACACUGGCUACUGAGGAUUUAUGAAAAUUCCCGAGCAUUAGCCUCAUAUCAUUGUCAUCCCUCCCUGCCUCUGGGGAAUUGAAGGACUGGUUGAAUGUUAUAUGAAAAGAGGCUGGGCCUAUAAAGCAGCACUGGCUUGUCUCCAGCAGCCGUAUCUUCUUGCUCUGGGGCUAGCCAGGAAAAACAAACAACCCGGGGCAGACUGAGUAGACCCAGUGUAGGAAAAACGGUGGUGUUUCCAUUUUGUUUAUUUUUGAUGACUCUGCCCCUCCCUGUGAACCUCAACUAAGGAGGAGGCCUGAUGGUGGCUCCGAGGCUCACAUCUCAGAGUGAACUUCCCAGCAUCUAGCAAGAAUGAGCAGACUUAUCAUCCAUUCGGAAAUGUAGAGGGAGGCCUCAGACUAGCUGAUUGUGUAUUUUGCUGGGAUCAGUAUUUUUUGAAUGUUUACAAAAGAUUGAGCUGCAUUUUCAGGUUGCGGCUAGAGGGAGCUUGGGCAGAUUUUCAAUUACGCUUUCAAGCUAUAACCAAAGGCUGUUUCUAAAUCCGAAAAUAAGAAUUUUAUCAGAGCCCUCUUUAAAACAGUCAUGUAAUGCUUAUGGGCCAACAAGAGGGGCUGUGUACUUCUCCAGAAACACAGAUGUCGAACAAUUCAUGAUACGCCAUAACGAACAAAAUUAAAGUAGAGCCAUUGGAACUUAGCUUCCAAAAGAGGUAAGCUGAAUAGGUUAACAAGACAAACUGCUAAAUGAUGAGUUUGUUUUCUGCUUUAUAAUUAGCCAAAGCUCAAAUUACCACAUUUCAGAAUUUUUUAGCCUGUGGUUAGGCCUCAUCCCCUUUGACAUAAAUGUCUUACAAGUUACUUGUUAGCACACCAACCAUAUCUCUAAUCACCACCCAUUGUUGUGGGAUGUGCUGCACAGCGUUUCCCACAGGACCUUACCUGUAACUGUGCAAAAUGAAUGUACUUAGACACUGUCGAGUUUUGCGUAGGGCAGACCAACUGUGAGUCCCCCUCGGACUCACCAGAUACCACAGACAUCUUAGAACAAGAGUGGGAAUGUAAAGCAUAACCUGAUUCUCUUUCCUAUAAAGAUUCUAUUUUAUUUAAAAUCUAUUUUUACACUAGUUAGAAUCCUGCUUUUUUGGCCAAGUACUUGUCUUGCGUGUCUGACCUUGCAGAAGCUGGGGUGGAUCAGAGCAUACUAAUGAAGAGAACUAGAAGUAGUUCACAGAGCUUGCUGCCUCCUCAUUUCUCUGUGAUCACCUCGAUCCAGCAGCUCUACCACCAGCCGGGAGAACAUGGAUUUUCUGUGCAGGCGGGACAAGUGUUCUCAAAGGCCGUACCCAGAGGAUUGAGCAAAUAGGCAGAUGUUUCCAAGUUAUUUGAAGGUUUCUAAAAAAUGUUGCAGAAAAUAAAAAUCGUAAGAUAUGUAAAGGAAAUGUUUUUUAAAAACCGGUUAAAGGGUUAUGUUUGAAUUUGACAAAAUUACAUAAGAUAGAAGCUGUUAGUGUUUUGUUUUGUUUUGUUUUUCAGGAUGGAAAUGAACCACGUAACAUAUCCAUACUACCUUGAACAGUGAAAUUGCAUUAAAGUAACCAAACUUUGAAAUGA